GGUUUUAUCGUGCUUUUUUCUCUCCACGGGAGAUUUGUGUUUGAUCGCAGAGUUCAUGAAUUUAAAAGAACUGCAUUCUUAGGGUUCGAUGGGAUUCUUCUAAUUCUACGAAACUGCUCCAAUAAAGAAAAGUCUCCCGCCGGUGUACUGUUACAGCCUACCUGUCCUCCAUUUGGUUUUAGCAAAGGUAACAGCGAUCAUCCAGAGCUGAAGUCUGGAGAACCAAGAUGAGACGAAUGCCCAAGUUUCGAAUUGGGACGGUUGUCCUCUUCUCGUCCGUUGUGUUGGCCGCCUGCUCGGAAGCAAAUGUCGACGUGAAACCUCCAGCUGCUGAUUUAACCGCUGGAAAGGAUGCACCUUGGGCAACAGAAGUUUUGUUACCAAAUGAUACAAAACCUAUUCACUACGACCUAUUCCUUGACCCCUGCAUCGAAGAAGGUGUCUUUUAUGGAAGAGUGGCCAUCACAAUUGAAACGAAGGCACCACGGGACCACCUGAUCGUACAUGUCAAAUAUCUCAACGUAACCAGCACGCAACUCUUCUUGCCCGACCAGUCAGCCAUAUCAGUGAAAAAGGCUUUUGAGUAUGAGCCAAAUGAGUUUUGGGUCAUCCAGGUCGAGUAUACCCUUCCUGCAGGCAAAUACCUCCUCAAACUGGAUUUCAAUGGAUCUCUCACCAAGAGCAUCGUCGGAUUCUAUAGAAGCUCUUACUCAAAGACUGACGGAACUACCAGAUACCUUGCUUCGACCAAAUUCGAGCCAACUUACGCAAGGAGGGCAUUUCCUUGCUUUGAUGAACCCUCAUUUAAAGCAACUUUUGACAUCAAACUUGUUCGUCCUGCUAAAGAUGAUUACUUCGCUCUCUCAAAUAUGCACCAAAUUUCAGAAGAAGCAGAUUAUCCCAAAAAGGGGAAAGUGACGGCCAAAUUUGCCACAACACCACCUAUGGCAACUUACCUAGCCUGUUUCAUUGUCUGUGAUUUUGAAAAGCUCCCUUCGGUGAAAACCGAAUCUGGAACUGUUGUUACACUCUACGCCCGCCAAGGACAGGCCAAUAACACAGUUCUAGCCCGAGACGUUACAGUUGCAGUUUUGGAGCAUUUCACAGAUUACUUCAAAAUUAAAUUUCCACUCAGCAAACUAGAUUUAAUAGCCAUCCCUGAUUUUGUGUCUGGAGCAAUGGAAAAUUGGGGCCUUAUCACUUUCAGGGAAACUCAACUUCUGGCCAACAAUGACAAAAGUGCUUUCGAUAUGAUUUCUGUAAUGACUACAGUUGCUCAUGAACUUGCUCACAUGUGGUUUGGAGACUUAGUAACUAUGAGCUGGUGGGAUGAUCUUUGGUUGAAUGAAGGCUUUGCAACUUUCCUCGCGACCAGAGUUCUUACAAAGCUCUACCCGCAGUAUCAAGCUGAAUCAAGUGGCAUGGCAGCUGUAUAUAAUGUCUUGGUUGAUGAUGCUGCAGUGAGCUCACAUCCCAUUAUCCAGCAAGUCAGGCACCCUGACCAAAUCACAGAGAUAUUCGACGUCAUAUCUUACGCUAAGGGUUCUGCAGUGCUGCGAAUGAUGGAGGACUUUGACCCAAAAGGUUUCCAAAAUGCCGUCUGCCAUUAUUUGGAGGAAUUCCAGUACAAGAAUGCUCACACUUCAGACCUUUGGGCUCAUCUCGCCGUUGAGAUGAGGGAGGUAGAAGACCUCCCACGGAUGCUCGACACCUGGACGAAGCAGAUGGGCUACCCACUCGUGUUUGUCGAAAGUAUCAAAGGAAAUCUUGUCUUCGAGCAGACACGAUGCUUAACAAAUGCAAAAGCUGAAUUCCAAAAAGACAGCUCUUUUUUCAAGUACAAAUGGGACAUCCCAAUAAAAUAUAUCACUUCGAGAAACGCUUCAACACCACAGUCCACUAUUUUAAAAUUAGAUCAAAAGCAUUUAAAACUACCACUAAAAGAAGGUGUUGAGUGGUUUAAAAUAAAUGCAAAGCAAGUUGGUUUUUACCGAGUGAUGUAUACAGAAACAGAAUGGAUGAACCUUAAGAACCAUCUCUAUGACAAUCCGAAUAUCAUGUCACCGGAAGACAGAGCUAACCUGAUAGAUGAUGCCUUCAGCCUAGCAAAAUCGGGCUAUUUAUGUUACGGUAUACCAUUUCAGUUCAUUUCAUAUCUUAAGUCAGGGAAGGAGAACCAUUGGCUGCCUUGGUAUGUCGUAUACCGCCACACUCUCAACUUACUCCUGCCACUCAGGCACUCGGGAGGCACUAGUACUAAUCUGAAGACUUACAUAGGCAAUCUCAUUGGUUCAGUGUAUAGUAAUGAUAUUUGGAAUUUAUCUGGGAACUCCCCUAUAACUGAAAAGUUGUUCAAAUCUUCUGUGGCAAGUCUUGUAUGUCACAUAGAGCUGCCAGCAGCUUUGAAGAAGGUAAAUGAACUUUUCAGCGAUUGGAUCACAGGCGGGUCAAAGCCGCCGAUAGAUGUUAGGAAGACUAUUUACACAUUUGGAAUGUAUGGAGAUAAGCUUCUUUCAAACUGGGAGGAACUGUGGGAUCUUUAUCUCGUAGAGCAAGACCCACUGGAAAAGAACAUGAUGAUCGUGGCCUUGGCUAAAGUCACUGAGCCGAAACUAUUGACACGACUACUAGAAAACAUGAAAAAUGAAAGUUUGGUCAGGAGUCAAGACUAUUUUUCAUUUAUGUUCGUUAUGCUCAGCACUCCUCAAGGGAACACCGCUGUUUGGGAUUAUGUCAAAAAUAACUGGGACUACCUUGUUAAACGCUUCACCCUCAAUGACCGGUCAUUGGGGCGACUCCUGCCUGAAAUUGCAACACAGUUUCACGAUCAGAACUCUCUUGAUGAGUUGAAUCAGUUUAUUGCGCUCCACCCUGAAGCUGGAGCGGGGGCUGCUGGAAGAAAAAGGGCUGUGGAGAAAGCUCGCUGGAACAUUAUUUGGGGGGAGCAAUACCUGCCGGUGCUGGAGGAGGCAUUGUCAAAACUUGUCAGUUUGCGCACCUGAAAUUCUAUAUACAACAAAAGUAAUAAAUCAUUGUAAAAGAAAA